AUGGCAGCAGAAUACCCCCACCGAAUCGCCCUACUAGGGCUAGGCACAAUCGGCCUCUCAAUGCUAGCCAUGCACCUGCGGCGCGCAGACACCAGCAUAGCAGUCUACGACCCGCGCCCCGACUACGAGUCCCAGAUCCGGAGCACACUCCCCGCCCUUCUGGACUCCCCAGACUCAACCACCAUAAUCGACGAUCUGAUCCGCACAAAUCGCCUAAAACUAGCAACCAUCCUGCCAGAAGCUAUCCAAAACGCGACAAUCGUGCAGGAACAGAGCCCGGAAGUCACGGCCUCGAAACAGGCGCUCUGGAAGGAAAUCGCUGGUCUUGCUGGGCCCGAUACGCAUUUGUGGAGCAGUUCGUCUGGAAUCCCCGCGUCGGAGCAAGGAGCUGCGUGCGAGGCUGCGGACCGUGUUGCCGAGCGCUUGCUCGUCGCGCACCCGUUCAAUCCGCCGCAUUUGAUGCCGCUUAUGGAGAUUGUGCCUGGGCCUGAGACUAGUGCCGAGGAAGUCGAGUUUGUGAAGAGGUAUUUUGCCGAUGUACCUGGUCCUAAGGUUUCGGCUGGUGCUGGUGCUGGUGGGGAUCAGCCGGCUGCGCAGCACUACCGGCCUAUCACGCUGAACAAGGAGAUUCCUGGAUUUGUGGGGAAUAGGCUUGCUUUUGCGCUUCUGAGGGAGGCGUGUUAUCUUGUUGGGGAGGGGGUUGUCUCUGCGAAGGACUUGGAUUCUCUUGUUACGGCUAGUUUGGGGCCGCGGUGGGCUUCUACUGGUGUAUUUGAGAGUUAUCAUGCUGGUGGUGGGGAGGGUGGGAUUGGGGCGUUUUUGCAGAAGCUUGCACCGACAAUUCAGAAUGUGUGGGGCGAGUUGGGGCAGGUUGAUAUUGAGGGUGAGCAGGCGUGGAAGGACUUGGUUGUGAAGCAGACUGAAGAUGCUUAUGGACUUUAUACCCCUGAAAAGAGGAAGAAUAAAGAGGAGAUGUUGCGGGAUGUUGUAGAAAUGCAGAAGAAGAAAUGGGGGGAAUUGUGA